GGCAAACGUGCUAACCACUAAGCCCCCGUGCCCCCUAAGCUAAGAUCUUUACUGCUAAUCUCUCACAUGCUAACUAGCUGACAACACAAACGGGCUGAAUGCUAUUCUUUAUCUGUCACAAUGUUAAUAUGAAGUGCUAAAGGUAAAUAGAUUAGAGUCAAGGACAUAAAAUCACAUCAAGUUUGAUUAUAUAAAAAGAAAACAGAUUUCUUCAGCAUCUCUUCCUUCACUCAGGAGGUGUUUGGAGCUUUCUCAGCACAGACCUGUUUCUGUGUUGGAUAACGAACGCUUUACAGUGCAGACGUUACUCGAGAGAGGUCCUGCUCCACUAGCUUUGAUGGCGUUGUUGGUGCUGAACACACUGCGUUACAUUCUGGGGGCUCCUGGAGUCGGACCGUGGCAUGUUACACUACUGCAGCUACCAGUAAAUGGCAUCCUUCCCCUUUUACCCCUGACCUUCCCGUUGCUAUGGUUUCUGGUGGGAAUAUAUGGGGAAGUGCGAGUCCUCCUUCAUAUGGACCCUCAGCCAACAGCCUUAUGGGAAGUGUGGAAGCUGACAUGCAGGAAGUACGUCUCUGUGCUGUUUGGACGAUCUUCAGCGCUUUGUUACACAGCGAGUCUCCUACACAACCUGGGCUCCGUUACUGUAUUAUGCUGUGUUGAUAAACAAGGCAUCCUGUCUUGGCCGAGUCCAAACCCAGAGAAGAUUUUGUUCUUUAGCACGUCGCUGUCCUCCGAGAGAACGAAACAGAAAGCUAAAGACAGAGAGAAGCUGAGAGAUGACAGGAUCGUGCCACGCCCCCACUGUGGUCUGGAGAUGCUGAGUCUCUCUCUGAACCUGACGGGCUUUGAUGACACUCGGGUGCAGUUUGAUGACAUGCAGUGGGAGCGCCACGCCCCUUCUCUACGCCCGCUUGGUUUGGCCAUCCAGCUGCUGCUUGGCAAUGCCACCGUGGCGACACGUGUACUCCGCCUCUCAGAUCACCUCACCCAGGCUGCACUGCUGCGCACACGCCCACCCUGCCAGCCGGUCCGCCCACCCUGGGGCCUCUGCCAGCUCCCAAAGCUUCUGGGGUUCUCUCCUUUAGCCCGGGAGCCAUUCCAACAGAGGAUGAGCGUAGCUGCCUACACCCUACCCACAAUCCCUUGCCCUGGAGAGCCAGGGCUGAUCGCCCCGCCCCCUGUUUCCAUGAGACGCCUCCCGUUCUCACAUCUCAUCGCCCUGCUGGUGCACCACGCACACACUGGUGAAUUCCAGCUGUUUUCUUACGGCUCCGCUGAUGCAGUCCUCAGCACAUGCUCGGAAUUCUGGAACGGAGAAGAUCUUGAGAUCCUGACAGACUCGGACAGAAAGAAGGUGGUGGAUUUUUACCAGCGCUCCUGCAUGGCAGGUCAUUGUGUCGCCGUGUCCUUCAAACCGCUGCUUCAACCUCACGAUCCUGAGAUAGACGGGAUGUGUGUAGAACUUCCACCGAGUCUGAGCAGCGAAGACGCAGAGGAUGUGUUCUUGUCUCCCCUCAAGCAGCAGGUAUUCCUUGGCCUGGUUUCUUCUCAGUACCAGGUGAGACCUGACAUGGUCAGACUAAUCUCUGGACUCGACAGUGCGUGCAUUCGCUUCGUUUAUUUCUCAAAUGAGGAGGAAGUUCGGAGCAAGGUGUUUGCUGAAAAGAUGGGAUUAGAGACCGGUUGGAACUGUCACAUCUCUCUGCAGUCAGAAUGUUUUCCUCUCGAUCCAGAAAAUAUUCAUCUAACAGAAAGAGACGAAGAGGAAUCUCAUCUGAUUGGGGAGUGUGUGAGAGAGGAGGCGGAGUCAAGGUCAAUGGAGCACGAGAGUGCAUGUCUGAUUGAAGAUCUAAACAGGGCCAAGCUGCCGAAAGGUAUUGAGAACGUUCGGCCUCACCUGGAGAACAUUGAUAAUGUCCCACUGCUGGUUCCUUUAUUUACAGACUGCACAUCUCAGACCGAGUGUGAGAUGGUGUGCAUCAUGCAGGAAUAUGGAGAAGUUGUGUGUUGUCUUGGCAGCAGCCAGAACAUCAACAACAACGCCAUCUUCCUUCAGAGUGACAUCAGCAUCGCACUGGAGCCGCUGGUCCCCGUGUGCUGUCCCUCCAGUAACCACGUCCACCCAAAGACUCCGAACAAAGCGAGCGGCUUGAGUCUGUAUCAGCUCUCCAGCGCCAUCUGUGGGUUAGCGUGUACUGUGCAGCUGCACCGUCAGGACAAUAACGUGGUCAUCAGACUCAUCAGACAGGCUCGCCACACCACGGCUGGGAUCAGGAAGUGCUUCCUGUUUCUGCUUCAGUGUCAGCUCUCGCUCGUUCUCAUACAGAUUUUGGCAUGUAUGUGUCAACUGCCUCCUCCUCUGGCUACCAGUGAUGUUCUUCUUCUCUCAUGUUUUUAUUACCCCUUGCUCAGUGUGUCACUGCUGGGGAAACCGUCUGACAGCUCCAUCAUGAAGGUUCCUACAGGGAAAAAUCUCAGCUUCCUCCCAAAAAAGACGCUGCGAUUCUUCGUGCUGUGUUUCUCGGUGAAGUUCGGCCUGACCGUCUGCAUCUAUUUAACGUGUUUUGGUCUUUUACUGCACGCUUUCUGCCUGGAUGUAAACCACGAGGAGGAGAAACUCUGUUACCCGACAGCUCUGCUCACGAAUUCCACGGUGUGGUCCCCGGACUGGUUUGGGAAACACUCGGAUGGUCUUUCUCUGGGACAGAAAGUCAUUUCCUUGCUCACGCUUCUCUACGCAAUGUGUACAUCAGUCAGUCAUGUUCAUCGGUCAGCACCCUUGUGGAAACAAAACCCUCUGAGUAACAGAAGCUGGUGUGUCGUCAUCUGUACACUUCCCAUCCUGAGUGUCUCCAUAGCAACCAGUUCCCGCCUCCUCUGGCAUGACCCCGCCCCUCACCACACUUUCUACAUCAGUGAUGUACCGCUGGUCACCUGGUUGCUAGGAAUCCUGUGGCUCCUCCCCCUCAUAUUUAUUAACGAGGGAAUAAAGCUGCAUGAGAUACGGAUGAGGGUGAGGUACCAGAAGAGGCAGAAGCUGCAAUUUGACACCAAACUUGGAAUGAAUUCUCCUUUCUGACCAACACACAGACACACACACACACAGACACAGACACACACACACACACACACACACACACACACACACACACACACACACACACACACACACACACA